AUGGGUCGCAAGUGCAGUGAAGAAAUGCAAGUCCAAGCACCUUUCACCAUUCAACUCCUCGGUCCCAUCAAGCAGAAUGGAGCUAACCAUUCAAUCGACAAGCUCGAUCCGUACCUGAACCUCUUUCCAGCAUCCUAUUGCACACAAUCCCACGAUUUGGCAUCGCCAAGCGACAACUGCACUGCUCUGAUCGCAUCAGAACUCGACAUCCAGCGUUUGAACAGAAUACACCGAUGGCUCUGGGUAGCAGGUACCGCCGUGCCUGCCCGCUCGCUCCAUGAUCAACUCUCCCGGGGCCGAGAGGUCGUCAUUACAGAAGCGAUGGAUAUGCAUCUUGUAUGGACAACGGGAAAGGUCUACAUCAAACCACUUCCUCGCUUCUUGCUCGAACCGACUAUUUGGACAGAAUAUUUGUGUUGUCAACACACCUGCAAGUGCACAAGUCGACUCGAUUAUAAUAAUGCCCAGCCCAUGGAAUGUGAGCGACGGAAGCUUUACAAAGUCGCUCUCGGAUUUCUCUACUCCUAUGCCGCGCUUAUUCGUCACGAGAGCGACUUCCUUCUCGCCAAAGACAGAUAUCUGCUGCCCAACUGUGGUAUAUCCUGGUUCAGUUGGAUCGCUUUCGUCAAACAACUUGACACAGAGCAUAUCUACCCAGACAUCAACCCAAGAUUCCACCACAAGGAGCUGCGACUUAGCAGGCUGAAUUACAUUUACUACCUUACCCAACUCAGCCCGGCAGGAUUUGUACGACGUUGGGACCGAUACUCAACAUUCUUCCACAUGAACCUUGGUUGGCUGGCGGCUACAACUGUCUACAUGGUUGUCGUCCUCACUGCCAUGCAGGUCGGACUUGCUACUGAAGCACUAGCUAAAAAUAGCGCUUUCCAGUCUGCGUCGUAUGGCUUCACUGUGUUUUCAAUUCUGGGGCCAUUGAAUCAUGAUCCUCUGUUUCAGGCGCUUCGCGCUGUUGGUUCGGCGCAUACACACGAAACACAAUUGGCCAGUCUGUCUCAUGUUCGGCGGGCUGCAAUGAGUGUUGUGAACACGUUUUUCUAUUCAACUUUGACUGUUGCUUUAUACUGUCUUGUGUAUCGGUACAAGAGUACGGAACCAAAGAAGAGGGUAACCCGCCGGAAUUGCCCUGAUAUAGACGUUCUAUACGACCCCGAAGACGACCCUGUUAAUCCAACAAAAGCCAAUGUCGAUGUCGUUGCGGUCCAUGGCCUCGGCUCGGAUGUUGAUAGGACCUGGACAUGGCGACCAGACGAUCCUGAACAGUCGGUGCAUUGGUUGAAAGACAGCGACAUGCUGCGACGAAAGAUCCCGAAUGCCAGAAUUCUGGCAUACAACUACGACUCUACAUGGUUAUACGACGCUCCUAGAGUGCGCGCCGAAUCAUGUGGUAAAGCGUUGAUCUACGGUUUAGAUAACUUUAGAGAAAGAGAAGGAACCAGAGAUCGUCCUAUCAUCUUUCUCGCUCAUAGCUUUGGCGGGUUGGUUAUCCAGGAUGGCCUUGUAUUUGCUGAUUCCAUGGGACGGUUCGAAGAUAUCCUUCGUUACACCGCUGGAUUCGUUUCUCUCGGAACGCCCUUUCGAGGAUCCGAAAUUCAUUGGGCUGCUGAUCUUGCAGCCAGUGUCAUGCGGCUCUAUGGUUCCUAUCGUGGUUGCUUGUCAGUGCUAAAAUACGAUAACCCCGAACUUCGAUAUAAAACACAGUGCUUCGGACGCCUUAGAAAGAAGUACCAAUUCCCAAUGUUUUGCUUCUUCGAGUCGUUAGAAACGACUUUUAUAAGGUUACCGUUCCUGUGCAAUUAUUUCAAAGCAAUAGUCGUUGAUGAGGCAUCAGCUUGCUUAUCGGAACUUGCGCGCCUCCCACUUGAGACUGACCACGUCAAACUUAACAAGUACUCAAGCCCAGAGGACCAGUCAUAUCUAUGUGUGUCUGCUGAGAUUGUCAGGAUGUGCAACAAUGCGGUGGCAGUUAUGAAUAGAGUCAACGACGAGUCUCCGUCGACAGAUCAUGGGGAACAUCCUUCCCAACACGAUGAGGGAGUUGUUGGGCACCAGGGAUCCCAAGACAAGCAUCUCGAAAGAACAUCUCCAUUCGUCAUUAAAAAUACACGCUAG